AGUGCUGCCUGUCUCUAAAGAAAAAAAGACGAUACUGAGAGAAAAAAGAAUUUUUGUUACACAUCAAGAAGUUAAAGUUCAGCUCUGGCUUCUCUGAAAUCGGCCUCUCUGAUAGACGAAACCUGAGGAAGAUCAGCAGUUUGAAAACCAUGGCCCAGUCUUUUCUCAAGAGCAGUGUUGGAGCAGUGCACGAGUGAAGUACCUUGAAGGAAAUAUUUGAGCUUCCUUUGUCAGGUGCCAUUGACAUUCAGUGAUGUUGCCAUAGACUUCUCUCAGGAGGAGUGGGAAUGCCUAAAUUCCGAUCAGAGGGAUUUGUACAGAGAUGUGAUGUUGGAGAAUUAUACUAACUUGGUCUCACUGGACAUUGAUUUUACAACUGAGACCAACAAGUUAUCUUCAGAAAAAAGCAGUUAUGAAGUAAAUUCAUACCAUCGGGAGACAAUGAAAAGAAGUAAAACCUUCAACCUUACGAGGUUUAUUUUCAGAAAUGACCCACAGUGCAGAAUUGAAUUUGGGAGAGAACAGGUGCCUAACAUGGGAUGUUUUAGUCAAAUGACAUUUAUAAAACAUAUAUCUCUUCCUCUACAUCAGAGAAUUCACCCUAGAGAGAAAUCCUAUGAAUGUAAGGAAUGUAGGUGGGGCUUUAGAAAAUAUUCACACCUUACCAAGCAUUUGAGAGACCAUAGUGGUGUGAGACCCUAUGAAUGUAAGGAAUGUGGAAAAGCCUUUUUAGUUCUCCAGCAUUUUAUUAGACAUAAAAAAAUUCACACUGAUUUAAAACCCUAUGAAUGUAAUGGAUGUGAGAAGGCCUUUAGGUUUUAUUCACAGCUUAUUCAACAUCAGAUCAUUCAUACUGGUGUAAAACCCUACGAAUGUAAGCAAUGUGGGAAGUCUUUUAGACGUUAUUCUCACCUUACUGAACAUCAAAAAAUUCAUAUCGGUUUGAAACCCUAUGAAUGUAAGGAAUGUGGGGAAACUUUUAGAUUGUACCGACAUAUGUGCCUACAUCAGAAAGUUCAUCAUGGUGUGAAACCCUAUAUAUGCAAGGAAUGUGGGAAGGCCUUUGGUCAUCGUUCAAGUCUUUAUCAACAUAAGAAAAUUCAUUCUGGUGAGAAACCAUAUAAAUGUAAACAAUGUGGAAAGGCCUUUGUUCGCAGCUAUCUACUUAUUGAACAUCAGAGAAGUCAUACUGGCGAGAAGCCGCAUGAAUGUAAGGAAUGUGGGAAGACCUUUAGCAGGGGUUCAAGCCUUCUUAAACAUAAGAGAAUUCAUAGUAGUGAGAAACUCUAUGAUUGUAAGGACUGUGGGAAGGCCUUCUGUAGAGGCUCUCAACUUACACAACAUCAAAGAAUUCAUACUGGCGAGAAGCCACAUGAAUGCAAAGAAUGUGGGAAGACAUUUAAGCUUCAUUCGUACCUUAUUCAACAUCAGAUAAUUCAUACUGAUUUGAAACCGUAUGAAUGUAAACAAUGUGGGAAAGCCUUCAGUCGUGUUGGAGACCUUAAAACACAUCAGUCAAUUCAUGCAGGGGAAAAACCCUUUGAAUGUAAGGAAUGUGGAAAAACCUUUAGACUUAAUUCUCAACUGAUUUAUCAUCAGACAAUUCACACUGGUUUGAAACCAUACAUAUGUAAAGAAUGUAAGAAGGCCUUUCGUUCUAUCUCAGGUCUUUCUCAACAUAAGAGAAUUCAUACUGGUGAAAAACCCUAUGAAUGUAAAGAAUGUGGUAAGGCCUUUAAUCGUAGUGAUCGACUUAUGCAACAUCAGAGAAUUCAUACUGGUGUGAAACCAUACAAAUGUAAGGAAUGUGGAAAGGCCUUUACUCGUUGCUAUCAACUUACUCAACAUCAAAGAUUUCAUAGUGGUGAGAAACUCCUGAUGUAAUGAGAGUCAGAAAGCAUUUAGCUUUGGCACAUCCUUUACCAUUAUCACUAUUCUACCACCCAAUGAUGUUAUGGUAAAGAUUAUUUAACACAAACUUUAAAUGCUUAGAGGGGCAUCUGGCACAUAGUAUUUGCUUACUAAGUAUUGUGUUUUUUUAAUGAUAAUCACCAUUAUUACUAUACAUAAAUUCAUGUGGAAGGAAGACCCUAUAACCAUAUUUUUAAAAUGCAUCAGUGCUCAUCCAUAUUUUCUUCAGAUAAUUAAUUCUGGACAAAAUCCCAUAGAAUAUAUUAAACAAGACACUUUUUUAUUCAAAGCUCAACCCCCUGAAGAUUAAUAAUAAGAAACGCUGUGCCCGGCUGCCUGGGUGGCUCAGAUGGUUAAGAGUCUGCCUUCGGCUCAGGUCAU